AUGUGCUCAAAUAAGCUAGAUGGAGAACUAGCCAUAAUCACCGACGGCAUAAGUGGCAUCAGUAAGGAAACGACGCAACUUUUUGCCAAUCAUGGCACACGUGCAGUUGUGAUCUCCAACAUCCAGGACAAGCUGGUCCAGUCAGCGAGCCAGCAGCUCGGGGAACAUGGGAUCAGGGUAAAUAGUGUGUCGCCGUUUGCUGUGGCAAUACCGUUAUUGUGCGAGAUGCAUGAGAAGAAUGUGGAAGAGGUGGAGAAGAUUUAUGAGCCCUUUAUGAGCUUGAAAGGGAUUGUUUUGAAAGUGAAACAUGUUGUAGAUGUUUUGUUGUUCCUUGGCUCUGAUGACUCCCCCAAGGUUGUUAAAAUCAGGAUUUUAAGUAAAAUCGUUUUGGAUUCCGUAGAAUCAGAAUCGUAG